GGGCCAAUGCACUUUCCCGACACACACCCCUUUGGCAGGCACAUUUUCCAUGCUGUACGAGUAUGAUAGCUUCCAGUUCGCACUCUCCACUUCCUCAUAAACCUUGGAACAAUUGAGCGUGUAUAUGAUACUUACGGGGGCAUCAUACAUACCAUUAUAACCCAUAGCACUCGGCCCUUGCCCUGGAUUGCUCAGGAUCCUAUUUUCUCUUUUCCCUGGCCGCCUCCACGUGACACCAUCACAACCGCUGUCGACUUGACAGCUGUAUCGUACCUUCUCCGUAGACUCCACAAUGUCCGAACCCAAGAUCCGUCCCGAUGAUCCCGUUCUCAAACUUUUCAGUCAAAAAGAAUCCGCUCAUACCGUCAAACUCAAGUCCUCUUCCCGCCCGGCUCCCAAGAAGACGGUUAAUUGGAAGGAGCGCGCAAACGAGCUCGAAUCUCUCGGUGACUCCUGCCUCCUAUCUCCCGCCUGCUUUCUUUUAUUGACGAGGUGUAGAUGAGAAACUAGUUCGACCGCCAGGUGCUGGAAACUCCCCAGGGACGCUCGUCACACAGUUGGAUGAUAAGGAUAUAUCGGCCUUCCCUACCGGACGGCCUCUCCACGAUGAGCCUGAUUAUAUCCUUUGCAAGUGUUGCAAGAAGCCAGUCAUUAAACCUGCCGCCAUGGCGCAUAUCAAAGCCUGCCAGAAGGAAAAGUCGGACAAAGCGAAGGAGAGAAAGAAGCUGAGGGAUGAGAAGGCUGCCGCCGCCGCAGGGAAGGAUAAAGGACCCACCGCGGAUACGAACGGGGAUGUUAACGGCGACGUGGAUGAAAAGAAAAAGGGUGCGAAGAAGAUGACGAAGAAGGAUACCGAUGGCGCAAAGUCCAAAAAACGAAAGGCAGAUGGUAAACCAUGCACUCAAUGAUCUCACAGCUCCUGUUAUACUGAUUCUACUAGAACCGAAACCCCCCAAGGAGCCCAAGGCCAAGAAGAAGAAGGAGAAGCCUGCAAAACCCGACCCAAAACCAAAAGGUAACCUCCUGGUUUACCUUAUGAAAUGUAUGGCUAACCUUCCUAGCCCCCGUUGACGUGGAGAAGCAAUGUGGAGUCCCACUUCCCAACGGUGCCCUCUGUGCCCGCUCACUGACCUGCAAAUCCCACUCUAUGGGAGCCAAACGUGGGGUCCUUGGCCGUUCCCAGCCGUACGACAUCCUCCUGGCAGCCUACCAAAAGAAGAACCAUGCGAAGCAACAAAGUAUCUCCCCAACCACUUCGUGCACCUUAUUUCCAGGCUAACAAUCUAGUAGAAGCAGCGAUAAAUGCGGGAGCUCCACCUCCUGACGAAAUCGAAGCCAACAACAUACUUAUCGACUCGGAUGAAGAGACAGAGUUGGUCAUGGCGGCGGUGACUCGCUCGAUGCCACAGCCGCUGGAACGACAUAUUCUUGUCCCUGUGCGGAAGAAGUACCAGUACGUCCGCAUGAAGGAGAUGCUAGCUAGCGCUCUCAAGCCCCUCAGCCGGCCGAUGUUUGAUGGGUCCAACACUGGGCCGUUGUUCGAUACCUCGGUACCGAAUCCUGCUGCUCGAGCGAUGUCGGGGAGCCAGCAAGGGAGACAGUACCCGCUUGUCCCACAGUCUAGGAAGGGCUCGCUACAGAUGCAAGGAUGAGAUUGGCAUGAAUGGAAUGUGGUUCACGGGAUUUCACUUUUUUCUUAUCUCUUAUACUUUGUAAUCGGGUUGGGGGGACAUCUGUAGGCGUUAGUUGGUGAAUUGCUUUUUUACUCUACUACUGCCACUGCUACUACCACUGCUGCUACUAUUACAUGCUGUUACAUUCACGUCUUUCUCUUAAACAAAAAAGUUCAACGGUGCUUGCCGUUUCAUUGCGUGAUUGUGUGAUGUACGGGGAGAGCCUUAACUAAGACUACCUUUCUAGUACUGGAAAUAAAGUACCAGGAUUAAUCGAGUUGAUCACGAAGACCUCCACUCAGGCGACCCCUCCCUCCACCCUACUCCCGCAUCCAUGCCAAACUUGACCAUUUAUUACCCCUCCUCAACCUCUCCCCUUUGCAACAGCCCACUUUCCCUCCUCAGCUCCUUAAUCACGGCCUUUCCGCCCUCGCCCUCCUGGUCAGCGAUCAUUCAUAUACCUAGACCCGUGGGUGCCGGGAGAUCUGUGUCACACAGCAGAGAAAUCUCACCGCCAAUGCCUCAGGAUGAACCCCAUUCUCUACGAGACUGACGCAAAGACUCAGCGUAGUCCUGUCCAAAUUCGUGUUCUUAUCAUUGACGGUAGGGUACGAUUUAGGUAUCAGCUGGAGGAAGAAGAGAAAAAAAAAGUGGGAAGGAGAGGAUAUUACAAGAAGGGUGGAUAUCUCGUGGAGGAUGUCGAUUACUUCUCUCGCUGCUUGCUGCUUUGAUG